UUGGGCACGCCCCCUGACUUUUGCCCACUAGUAAGGCGACGUACAGAGAGACGCAUUUGAGUUAAAAACCAUAAGUGAAAAUUGUAUAUUUAUAUUAAGAUAAAGCUUAUAAAGCAGUGGACACCACUUCGACGUACUUUUACCGAAAUAUAAUAAUGUCGUCAUCUUUGGUAAGGGUGUUACUUCAUCGAGCAGCCGCGGCUAGUGUAACGUUAGCUCCGCAUCAGACAUUGCAUAAAACUAGCGCCUUAUCCCGAUGCGGGGCUCUGCGCUACAGACAGAUUAGAGGAAUAAACACAUUUACGCUUCCACUGAGGACGGAGGAGAAGGUGACAGUAAACUUCGUAAAUCGAGACGGAAAAAGGAUUUCGGUGACAGCAUUAACUGGAAACUCAAUACUUGAUGUUGUUGUCGACCAGAAUCUAGAUUUUGAUGGAUUUGGUGCAUGUGAGGGAACUUUGGCGUGCUCUACAUGCCACGUUAUUUUGGAGGAGGAUGUAUAUAAGAAGCUUGGAUCAAUUUCUGAUGAAGAAAUGGACAUGCUGGACUUGGCUUAUGGGCUUACAGACACAUCCCGUCUGGGUUGCCAAGUGUGUUUAAGGAAAGAUCUGGAGGGGAUGAUUCUGCGUGUACCAGAGACUGUGGCUGAUGCUCGAGUGGACAGUCAACAAGAAUCCUCUACGUAAUCUAAUAAACACUGUAGGAUGGAGGUUUAUUUCAAAGGCAGUAUUUUACUAGUAAACCUUCCCAAUGUAGAGAAUAUUCCUUAAUGUUAUUUGUAUCACUUCCAUAAUAAGUUUCAUUUUUAAUUGCACAGAUUUUGCGAGUCUUUGUAUGAUAAUAAGAAAUGGAUGUAUCUUUGUUGAGACGUAUGCUAAUAUAAUUGUAUACUUGAUUUAUUGUAAUUAAUUAGAUUAACUAUUUUAAAGUAGCCUUCAUUUUUUCGUGUUUUGGUAAGCCGUAGUGAUAUGCCCAAUUAAACAUUGCAAUAAUUUUAA